AUGCUGGACAAGGAGAACCGCUCCGCCAACCCGGCGGCUCAAGACGUCGGCUUCUUUGAGGUGGCGCGCCUGCUGGACCGCCUCGAAGGCAUCUCCGGCGCGCAGGCACGCACGCGCUGCGUAAGCCGCUGGUUCGACGCCUCCGCCGAGCGGCGGGCCAGCACCUUGCCACUCUUCCGCGUGCUGCUCGUCGCCGAGACGGACCGCGCUUUCUACGUCAAGGAGGAGCGGCUCGCCGCGCUGACGGCGACCGCGUUGGGCAUCGCGACCGACAGCGCGUGCGGGAGGCGGCUCCAGGGCUGGCUCGACCCGGCCCGCUCCGGCGGCGGGGACGCGAUGCACGCGACGGCCGGCAACUUGUCCGCAGUGGUCGAGUCCGUCGUGGCGCUUCGUGCGCCGGCGCGGGCUGGCGGCGUGGCCGGCAGGCCGCUCGCGAUCCGAGAGGUCGACGCGGCGAUGGAUGUCCUCGCCGCCGGCGCGCCCGAGUUCCACGCCGGGCGCGGAGCUAGGAGCGGUCCGCACGCGGCCGUGCUGCACGGGCUGCUCUCGCGCUGCUCGCCGGUCGAGGCAAAGUGGCUCACGCGGCUGCUGCUGCGCGACCUGCAGAUCCGCUCGCCCUGCGCCGACGUGCGGGUCGAGUGGCCUCGCAGCCUGAUGGACGGCUUCCUGCCGCACCAAGGACCCGGCCGACCUGGCUUCUACUCCUACUGGCUGCGGCGCGGCGACUUGGGCGAGGCGUGCGGGCGUGCGGAGCUGGCCCGUGCGAUGCUGGACGCGCAGUCCCUCGGUGGCGCCUGCGGGCCGAGCUGCGUCGCGGCAGAGUGGCCGCUCCUGCGAGGGCUGUCCCACGGCUCGUACGUGCACGUCGCCCUCAGCCACCCGGUCACGAGCCUCUCGCGCAUGCGGAAGGAGCUUCUCGGAGACGGAGGGGCGGGCGAGCUGGUCGUGCAGACAAAGUACGACGGCGAGCGCAUCCAGCUCCACGUCUGGCAGGACCCGGCGGCGCCGGGAGGACGCGCCGUCCGCAUCUUCAGCCGCGGCGGGCGCGACUCGACCGGCCGGAGGGCGCUCGCCGUCGACGCGCUGCGCCUCUCCCUCGGCGCCGAUGCCGCUCCGCCGGCGGGCGCUAGCCAGCACCUGCUCGCGGCGUGGCGGGGCGCAGAGGCGGCGGGCCGCAAGCCGGCGGUCCGCUCGGCGAUCCUCGACGGCGAGAUCCUCGUCUUCAACGAGAGGGUGCGGCGGGUGGAGGCGUUCGGGACGGUGCAGCACCUCCGGCCGGGCGGGAAGGCGGGCUGCGACGGCUCGCGCCACCUCUGCGUCGUCUGGCGCGGGCGAACUCGCGACGGAGCCGCCUCGAGGACAGCCGCUCUGACCGCGCCGCCCCCGCCGCCGCUUAGGUUCGACGCGCUCGAGCUAAACGGCGACGACCUCGUCAGCCGCCGCGCGCCGCUCGUGGAGCGCCUCGAGCGCCUCUCCGCUGCCGUCACGCCGCUGGACGGCUUUGUGCACGUGGCGCCGUCAGAGCUGGUGCGUGCUGCCGACGUGCCGCGCCUGGGAGAGCUCUGGGCGGCGGCACGGGAGGCGCGCGAGGAGGGGCUCGUGCUCAAGGCGGCGCUCUCACCCUACACUCCCAAUCAGCGCGGCUGCUGGGGGAAGCUCAAGCACGACCGAGUAGACGGGCUCGGCGACACCAUCACAGCGGCGCUGGUGGCGGCGCGGUGGGGCGCCAACGACCGCUCGGGCCGGCUCGGCGCCUACGGCUUCGGCGCGGUGCUCAACCCGACCGAGGUGCGGGUAUCGGGCGCCGCUCCGCGCUUCGUCUUUCUCUUUUGGUCGGAGUGCGGCCUCGACAGCCUCGAGACGAAGCUGCUCGGCGCCGGGGGAGCGGCGCUUCUCGGCGAGCCGGGCAUCUCUCCGCCGCGCAUGGCCCCGCUGCCCCGCGGCUCGGCGCCAGAGUGGCUGAGCGGUUUGCCGCGCGGCGAGGCCGACCGACCGCACUUCGUGCUCCGCUCGCCCGCCGACGCCAUCCCCACCGAGCUCCUCGGCUCUGACUUUGUCCCCUCGCGGGGCCCGCCCGCCAACUUUCGACUCGAGCUCCGCUUCCCGCGCAUCCGCUGCGUCCGCCCCUCCGAUCCCCUCUCCUCGGUCCUCUCGGCCGCCGAAUACGACGCGGCUGGCCGCGCGGCGAGGGCGCCGCCCUCCGAGGCGCAGGUGCGGGAGGCAGUCGAGCGAGUGUGCGCGCCGCCGCCCCCCACCAAGCGCCGCUGCCGUAUCGACGGCUCGCUCUUCUCGAAGCGGCAAGCCGCCGCGAGAGAGCCUGCUCCGGCGGAGCUUGCGCCGGUGGCGCAGAGCUCUCAGGAGUCGACGACGCAGGAGUCGACGACGCAAGAGUCAACCUCGCAGGAGAGCUCCGCUUCGUGCGGUCUGAGGGCGCGAGCCGCGCCGCACUUGCCACCGGCAGCGACUGCAAGCCCGCCGGGCGACGACCUUGCCGCAGUCUUCCGCGCAGAGGAGGUGAAAAUCAAGGCCUGGCAUCGACAGUUGCGGCGCGAGGCGUUCCCACCUCCUCCAAAGGCCUUGCGCCGGGCCCUUCGUGCUCGCGACCGUCUGCGCCGCCAGACAUAG